AUGUAAAUAGGGGUCCUUCAGCCCCGGCGCAUGUUUUGUAUUCUCUCCUGGCUGGUUUUCGGUGAAAACACCGGUGUCUCAGUGAAAUGGUAUUUUGUCAAGUUUUGUUAAAGCCUCGUUUUUAUUUUCGUGACCCUUCUUUUACCCAGCGAGAAAGCUUAUCAUGUAAUAACAAGGGCCAGCAGGAGCCUCAAUCCUCCUCUCCUGCCUCUUCCCACUGGCUCCCAUAUCCAGCUCAGAUCACUUUAUGACAGCUUCUUAAGCUCAUUGAAACUGCUGGUUGGAGAGAGUUUCAUGUGAAUAGAUCAAGCAACUUGUCCUUGAGCAUCUUUGACAAGAGGAUCACAUCAACUCCCUCUUCUCCAGCAAGUGGCUGUCAUUAUGUGGAUUCAUGGCCCUCUUGCAUUCGUACAUUGAUUCCAUGAUUCAGUGAUGUCUCGUCCUGCUCCGUCCCCAAUCUACACCCUGAGGGGGGCAGGUGGGCCCCUCAACACCCUCCACUUUAGCUGCCGUGGAGGGGACACUCCCCUUCUGUUUUCUGGGUCAGGGAAGGGGGCCAUCCAUAUCUGGAACCUGGACACCAGGAGGGCUCAGAAGAUAAUAGAAGGUCAUGCAGGUAGUUCGGUCAUCUGGGUCAGCACGCUGCAGGCAACAGAUGCCCUGAUCAGUCAGGGACGGGACAUGCAGGUCUGUCUGUGGGAUCUGAGCGAAGGUCGCAGUGAGGUGGUGGACUCAGUGUGGACCGGCAGUGUUGGGUUCUGUCAGUGCUCCACGCUGGAAACGAUUCCUGGGAACUACCUGCUGGCCUUUGCUGGACAGCAGACAGAGGAGAUCAAGAUUAUUGAGCUUCCCAGUAAGACCCCAGUCUGCACCCUGGUGCCUGAUGCUAAGGUGGGGAUGGUCAUGUGUAUCAAACUGUGGCAGCCAGAUUCAGGUCCCGGACCUCUCUUGGUGGCUGGAUAUGAGGAUGGUUCCCUGUUGCUGUGGGAUGUAACCCAGAGGUCCAAGCUGAGCCAAGUCAAAGCCCAUCCUGAGCCUGUCAUGUGCCUGACCUUUGACACCAAGCAUCUGAGAGGCAUAUCAGGCUCCUCAGACAAGAAGCUCUCCUCCUGGAUGCUGGACAGACAGAACAACCUGCAGGUCAGCAGAGAGGGUAGUAGUGGUGUUGUCUCGUUGAAGGCUUCACUGACUUCUUUGUCUGAUGAAUCCCCACAGUCCUGUCAGCUCCAGGACUGUGUGACUCUGGUCAAUGCUGGGGUUUCCCAGCUGUGCGUCAGGGGUGACGGUAAGCUUCUAGCAUCAGCGGGAUGGGACCAUCGGGUGCGAGUAUUUGGAUGGAAGAAGCUGCGACCACUGGCAGUGCUUCAGUACCACACUGACAUGGUGCAAAGUGUGGCCUUCUGUGACCACCAGGACCCCAGGCAAAGACUGCUAGCUGCUGCAUCCAAAGACCAGCGGAUCAGCCUGUGGUCAAUAUACAAUGAGGGAGCUGACACAAGCUGAGCCUCUUAGCUCUGGGACAAUAUAUGAACUUUUAAUUGCUUUUUUCCUGACCCAAAUUUGCAGUGGUGGUGCCAGCGGCUAACAGUUCCUCAAUAGACCAGAGCAAUGAUUUGCUAUGUGUUGCUAUGUGCACAUAUGGACGUGUGUUAUGUUUAGCUAUACUUAUCUCUUUAUUGAGAUACUGAGGUCCUGCAUAGACUAGUGCCAAUCAAUACUGACAAUGCAUGGGCUCUAUAAACAGCUAUUUCUUACUCAGGGUUAUCUCAUGAAGCAUUUGUCAGGUGGGACCUAUUUACAACUUCUGUCUCACCUGAGCUCUUAAGAGCAAGACAGGCACAGUAGUAAAGUAAGGGAAAUGCAUUUAUGUGACACCCAGACUACCCCUGCUCAGUUGUUUAGAUUUUUAAAAACAGAAACAUUUGCAUGUAUCCUGAACUUCAUCAACACUGGGAUCUAGCAGCCUGGUGAAUAAUGUCUGCUGAGGUAAUAAAAAACAAUUAAAGAAAA